ACACCUCGAUUUCGCUGCGUUUUCUCGAAAUAAUGAUCUACUACCUCCGUGGCGCCAUCAUUGCUAGUGUAAGUGAUGAUGAUAAUGAUGAUAAUAAUAAUACUAUAACCCAACGUCCGAACGCGCCAUAAUGCCAUAUUGACGAUUGUGUUUUUUUCCGUUCUUCGUGAAUUACCUCUGUCGGCGACUAGUAUAUCCAAUUAUUAUUUUUUUGUUCCUUUUCAAUUUUUUCCUCGACCCAUUCUGAUUUUACGUGAUUGUACCAAUUGCGGAGGCCAUAGGACAACGAUAUUAUACCGGCAUCGAGCGCUAUGGAAACCAGUGAUAAUAUCCGUUUCGUCUUCGGCUUACUGGACAAUAUUAACGAGAACAUCGAAGCAAAAUCUACUGAUGCACAAAGCUACCUUAAUAUAACAGAAAUUAGAAUUAUAGUUGAUAAUAAUUUAAAAUCAAAAAAUUAUAAAUUCUCAAACCAUGGCCAAAGGGUAGUACAUUUUAUUCUAUACUUGAACACUGAGUUGAGUAAUUGUGAAUGGGUUAAAGAAGAUACAUCGCUAAACCUCAAACGAUAUGUACACGGCAAACCCCUGUCUAAUACAAUUUACUAUAAAGUUGUUGAUGUAUUGAAUUUAAAACCAUUUAUAUUCGAAACUAUAAUGUGUACUCCUUACAGUUUUUGUAGUGAUUUAAUUGAAAUUUAUUCAAAUAAAAUAAAAGCUAUGGAUGGACUCUCACAAUUAGUUGCUACUGAAAAGUUAAUUGUUGCCUUGAUGAAAUCUAUUAGACGUGCACCAGUAAAAUCUAAUUCAGAAAGUUCUGUAACGAAUCAUUUCAAUCAAGCCAUGCUAGUAUUUGGUAAGGAUAAUUUACCUCAUGAUAUAAGAAGACUUGAUUUUGAAGACGAACAAAAAGAAAUAACAAAGUAUAAUGGAUUUCGAGUGAAAAGCAUUUUUAACAUCUUAAUAGAAAUUAUUAAAUUCAAAAGUAUUCCUGAUACUUACAGACUAUAUCCGAUGUAUAAAUUAAAAUCAUUACGCUCUUCAGUUCCGUCAACAGAUACUGGACAUAUUAUGUUUAAAAAAUUUUUGGAUGUAAUUAUGUACAAGUGUAUGAAUAUGUGCAAUUUCAGCAUUGAUACUUGGCUUGCUUGGUAUGAAGUGGAAGUUGUUGAAGAAGACACUAAUCUACAAGCUACCAUUGGCCAUCUGUGUUAUGAAUUAUGUAGUUUGAUAGAUAAUGGAACUAUUAAUGAACCGGUAUUAAGAGAAUUCCAGCCAAUUCUACGUAAUAUAGCCAUAGAAAAGAUUGAUUUUAGCAAUGUUGAUACAACUAACAUUGAUGAAAUGAUUAAAGGUGUAGAGAAUUCUUCCAGAUUUCAUAUCAACAGUUGGAUUAAAAAAAUGAUACAAAACCCAGAUGUGUUUGUUCAUAACAAUGCUAUUCCAGUAAUUAGCCAUCAUAUAGACUGUAUUGAUUACAAUUGCUUCAAGGCCAUCCUUGAUAGUGUUAUGGCUUUUUAUAAAAAUGGAGGUGUAGUGUCCGAAGCCACGGGAAAUUUAAUAUUUAAAGGAAUCAAACGCUUGGAUGUAGAAGAUAAAAUGACUGUUCUAAAACAAUUUCUUGUCCACUAUGCUGAUUGUACAUUUUAUAUAUCAAAUGAAUUUGAUAAACAAUUCCAUUAUGUUGCCCACAAUGAGUAUAAUGAGAAUAUUGAUCAACAAGAAUUAUUAUCCAUUUUAAUUUGGCUAAUGAUGCAACAACCAAAAAAAAUAUUGAAUUUAUUAAUAGCGCAAUAUAUAACCGGUAUAUGUGGAUUACGUCCUAAAGGUUUUGAUUCUAAGAGAUCAUGUUUACACCAAGGGAUGGUUAGUAUUCAUUUAUACAUGGAUUCUAGUUAUAUUUAUCAAGAAUACAAGAAUUGGUUUUCUAUCUAUUCAAGUUUAUCAGAUUUUGAACAAGGGCAACUUCAUCAGUGGAUUUUAGGAGUUACCAAAAGACUACAUUUCAUGAAAACAGAAACAUUUCUUACACAUAUCAUAAUACCUAUCUUAAACCCUUCACCAGAUUAUUGCCUUUUGAAAUAUUUGACAUAUUUAACUAAAUAUCUUGUGGAAGACUGUCAAAUUAUAGUUAGCCACUUACAUAGUUGGGAUAAAAUAGUUAUACAAUUGGCUACAUUAUUGGAUCAUGUACGUUGGGACAUUCACAACUAUUCACCUAUUAGAGUUGAAAUAUGUGAAUCGAUCAUUUCCACUAUACAGCCUCUUCUGCACCAUAAUAUACGUUCAAGAUCAAUCGAUUUAGGUCUUUUAGGGAGGACAGUACAAAAUGUCAAACAAAGAUUAUCAGGGUUACACUUAAUGACUCGUUCUCAUUUUUUACGUUUGUGGACAUCUGAAUAUAUUACAAUUGAUGGAAUGGAUGAACAAUUGAUUAUGACCGUACAUUCACAGAGUCAUAUUUCAUAUUCAAAUUUGAAUAAAUCAUCAACUCAAAGAGCCCAAGAAGAAUUUAUUUUUAGCAUUGCAACAUUUAUGCCAAAGUUCACAUCGUAUGAAAUGAAAAGUUUCAUAGCAAAUUAUUUAAGUUCAGCUAAACCUCCAAACCUAGUUGAUGCAUCAUAUUUCUUAUUGGAUUGUAUGAUGAAUUCUGUGAUGAGAAUUAUCGUUUACUUGAAAACUGCUACACAAAAUGAAUCUUCCGAUAACAGAUGCGAAUGGAACUAUGUACAUCGUGCUAUUGUGGACUUUUUUGCUGCUGUAAAUGCGUCAAAAAUGUGUUGCAUAUAUGAUGAAGAUGUUAAUGUUAGCUUGGCAAUCAACACUAUGACUAAGAUUAUAAUGGUAAUAAAACAGGUUGCUGAUAGAGAAAUGUCGUCUUUAACGGCUAUGUUAUGUCGCUUAAUUGAAGUAACACAAUCACGAAUGACUGUUGAAGAAAUUUCAAAAAUUUUGUCUCUGUUAGCUUCUAUAAAAGCUCAAGACUAUAAAGAUUCAUUGAAAGCUAUUAUGCAAGGAUUAAUGGAUAAACUUUUACACAAAAAACAACUUAAUGUUGGUAAAGAUAAUAUGUGCAAAUAAACAAUAUUUAAUUUUUUGGUACUCUUUUAAAUAUAAACAUACAUUAUGAAUGAGUAAAAAAGUUUUAGUAUUUUAAUAUUAAAUGAUAUUUUUCAAUUAUUAUUACAUACAUUUGUUGUUUCACAUGUUUAUAGUUAAUUAUUAUUAUUUUUAUUUAAUAAUUUGUUUUCCUAAUUAGAUCUCAUUGAUAAGAUAACUAAUAAGGGUUGACAAUGAGCGAGGUUGUUAUAAAUAUAAUAACAAUUAAUAAAAAGUCACAACACUUAAAUUAAUUACAUAUUAAGUUGAAUAUGUCUAAAUAAUAAAACCUUAAAAUAUUUGUCUUUUAUACUUAGCUACAUAUAUAA